AACUGAGUUUAAGUUUUCAGAGCUGACGUAAAAAUACUGAAUCAGAUACCACAGCAUGAAUCAAUGUGAAAGUCAAGAAUAAAAGCUAUAUAGCGUGGAUUCUACAGUGAAAAACAUUGUAAGCAUUUUAAAAACAAUAUCAUCUUGUGGUGCUAAAAACAUCAUGGCAACACAGUUCCUAACAGAAGACCUCUAUUCUGCUAGUACACCUGACUACUCAUUUGAUGACACAGAUUCAUACUGUGAAAAAAGUAGUGUACGAGAAUUUGCAGCAUAUGUCCUUCCCCCAAUUUAUUGGUGUGUGUUUGUUCUUGGGCUACUUGGAAAUGUUUUGAUUAUAAUUAUUUACAUAAAUUACAGAAGAUUAAAGACAAUGACAGACACCUACCUCAUCAAUCUAGCUAUUGCUGACCUACUUUUUCUCAUGACCCUUCCCUUUUGGGCAAUUGCUUCAUCUCAUAAUUGGAUUUUUGGACCCGUUCAUUGUAAAAUUGUUAAUAGCAUUUAUACAAUUAACGUGUACAGUGGAAUGCUAUUACUUGCUUGCAUUAGUGUUGACAGAUACAUAGCCAUUGUCCAAGCUGCUAAAGCACAAAAGUAUCGGAACAGGAGAAUCAUUUUCAGCAAAUUUGUCUGUUUGUCUGUUUGGAUCCUUGCAACAGUAUUAAGUCUUCCAGAGAUAUUGUUUAGCAACAUAAAGGAAGGAUCUUUUCAUAAAUUCUGUACAAUAUCUUAUCCUAUAAAAUUAGGCAAGGCUUUGAAGGUAAUGGUGAUCACUUUAAAGGUUACGAUGGCAUUCUGUAUCCCUUUUCUGAUUAUGAUAUUCUGUUAUGCCAUGAUAAUCCCAACACUUGCACAAGCAAGAAAUUAUCAAAAGCACAAAGCCUUAAAAGUAAUUUUUGCUGUCUUAGCAGUAUUUGUUUUGUCACAAGUUCCAUACAACAGUGUACUUAUAGUUAGAGUAUCAGAUGCUGCAAAUGCUCUUAUUUCAACAUGCACAACCUCUCGAAACAUAGACAUUGCCUAUAAAGUAACACAGAGCAUUGCUUUUCUUCACUGUUGUUUAAAUCCUUUCAUAUAUGUUUUUGUUGGGGUGAAAUUUAGGGAAGACCUUUUUAAAAUGUUAAAUAAAUAUAGUUGUUUUAGUGAAAAUAAAUGGUUUAACAGACUGAGGUUUGAAAAUAAAACAAAUAUACCAUCAGAAAUACAGGACACAAAAAUGGGUACUCUCUCACUCUGAAAGGAAUACUAGUAAAGCCAACUGUCUAAAUUCAAUAUGCCUUUCAGCAUUCCCAUUGGAGCUCUUGAUACUUCCCCUUAUCUGCAAGCUCCUAUCCCAUGUGUCUCAACCUUGCUGUAGUCCAUCCACUAAGUUGUGCAUUAAGAUAUUGUUUUCUGAAUGAUAACAUUUUGGUAUUUCAGUUACUGUCUCUUUUCUGGCAGCUUGAACCAGUCACUCCAUUAUCCUCUGAUCUCUCGCAUUAAUUGAUAUACAUGCUCUGUUUUUAAAUGUGUGUAUUAUUUUAUUAUACAACUGUGUAGUUUUGCUAAUAU